UUUUAAUUAGUUGAGACACACUAAACCCAGUCCCCGGUUCUCGUAACCAUGCCCAUCAAACCGGUUUUAACCACCCUUAUAGCUCUUUUAUCCAUUAUUCUUGCUCUCUACACGAUCCAAUUGCCAUCCUCUAGAUCUCUCUCUUCUAUAGCUACAAAUAUCAUAAACAAUUCCCAACCCGGAGCAUUAGUAAUACAUUCAACAUUCUUUGGACACCAACACCACCAUCAUCACCAUCACCAUCAUCAUCAUCACCACUAUGAACCAAUAAAAUGUUGUGAGAAAUGGACGUCAAGGCUUACACACCAAUACAAGACUUCUCUUGUGUUGACUGUUGAUUUGCAUGGUUGUGGUAACUUCACCAAUGUUCAAAGCGCCAUUGAUGCUGUCCCUGAUUUAAGCCCUUCCAAGACUCUCAUCAUCGUUAAUUCGGGUUCUUAUAGGGAAAAAGUUACGGUUAAUGAAAACAAGACGAACCUUGUUAUUCAAGGAAGAGGAUAUCAAAACACUUCCAUCGAAUGGAACGACACAGCGAAAUCCGCAGGAAACACUGCUGAUAGCUUCUCCUUUGUAGUGUUUGCAUCUAACUUCACAGCUUACAACAUCAGUUUCAAGAAUAAUGCGCCAGAACCAGAUCCUGGUGAAGCUGAUGCACAAGCAGUAGCUCUAAGGAUUGAAGGAGACCAAGCUGCCUUUUAUGGUUGUGGAUUCUACGGGGCUCAAGACACGCUUCUAGAUGAUAAAGGAAGACAUUUUUUCAAAGAUUGCUUCAUUCAAGGGUCCAUAGAUUUUAUAUUUGGCAAUGGAAGAUCACUCUACAAGGAUUGUACAAUUAAUUCAAUAGCAAAGGGGAAUACAUCCGGAGUUACCGGAUCUAUCACAGCUCAAGGAAGACAAUCAGAAGAUGAACAGACAGGAUUCUCUUUUGUGAAUUGUAAGAUCAAUGGCAGCGGGGAAAUAUUGCUUGGAAGAGCUUGGGGAGCCUAUGCUACUGUCGUGUUCUCAAACACUUACAUGUCUGGAAUCAUCACUCCAGAAGGAUGGAAUAACUGGGGAGACCCGGCCAAAGAAAAGACGGUGACUUUUGGAGAGCAUAAAUGCUAUGGACCGGGAGCAGAUUACAAAGAGAGAGUUGUGUUUGGGAAACAACUCACGGAUUCAGAAGCAUCUUCUUUCAUAGAUAUUUCUUUUAUAGAUGGUGAUGAAUGGCUCCGUCACACUAACAUAGUCUCCGAGCUUACAUCUAAAGACAUUAGAGACGAUCUUAUCGGAUUUUACUAACGUAUAUAAGGAUACACAUGAAUAAAAAAAAACAUUCUGA